CUGAUUAACGAACGGAUUCAUGAUCCACCACUGCAGUCCAGUGUCCAAUCUGGGUCUUCACGAUUGUAUAAAAAGCAAAUGUAGGGUAAACUCUAGUAUAAUUUGUCAACGUGGUGGGUUAUUUGAGAGGAUCCCCUAGCUGUCAUAACAACAGAAAACAUGAGGCCCCGGCACUGAUCCCAGGACAGGGUUAAUGAAAAUGAAGGCGUCCUUUCUGCCACAACAGUUAACAGGGAAGCUCUCCAACAGGGAUAUCAAGUGUCUGCUGGCCAGGCAGGUAGGUACAGUAAGCCUAAGGACAAGGAAUCACAAGGGACUGGGAGGAUAGGACGGACUCACAGAGGGUUUGAGGGAUUGCUUAGGGAUUGCAUGUGUGGUGACAAAAAGUGCUUUCUCCCCCCUUUUACCUCUCCCCAGGUCUCUCUGACAGGGGGCAAAAUCCAGUUUCAGAGCUUUGCUCUGUAAAGUGGAUCAGCAAGGCUUUGGGUGGAGUGCUGUGGUAACAGCAGGUAGAUAGAAUGUGGUUGGAAAAAAAUGGCUUUAGUUCCACAAUUGUACAUGUAAAUUGUGCUUUGAGGACAAUCCGUGGGUGCAUUUCUCGCUCAAGGCGGAAUGCCUUGCUUUUGUCAGUGUCUUUCAUGCUUAUUUCUCAAGGGCAAUUAAUCAUUAUUUUCAUUUUUGUGAGUGGCAGACAAUAUGUUGUUCUAAUAAUCUUUUCAAAGUGUGAAUAUUUUUACCAGUCUGUUUCCCAUUUCCACCCAUGGUUUCUGUUUCUCAGAGUCCCGGUCCUCUCGUGACAAUUAUCAGGUCCUCUCAGUGAGCGGGGACAGUGUGACAGGAGGCUACAGAGGCGUAAGUGACAUUUUGGGCGAGUUUCACAGCAGUUGCGUGGUCACUCUGGCAGCGUCGGCGCCGGCAACAGAUUAGUGUCCAAUCAGAGUGGAUUUGAUGUUUCCUGACAGCACAUGAGACAGCAGUGAGAUCUGUAUUCAUUUCAAUUACCCGCCUGCCUGCCUUCCCCCUCCCUGAGGGAUACUAGCGGUGUGGUGUGAAUCUCCUCUUGCUCAAUGAACGAGACCCAGCCGGCCCUGCAACUCAUUGACGACCCAAUCAAGUGAUCAGUCCAAGGUAAGUGUCCCGGGCAACGGAUGUGGAUGAAGAUGGGCCCCCUCGUAAAUGGACAGAAUAAUCAGAGAUAUGUUUUAUCUGGUUCACGUGACGUCACGAUGGGCAGUAGAAUUAAUCAGGCUUUAUAUAGACGGUAAUCCCUCAUAGCAAUCGCCAGAGCGACUAAAGUGUCCCAGAGUAGGGGAAGGAUAAAACCCUACUGGAUUAUUACAAGCCCCUGCCUACGACCCUCUCCCAUCCCACCCCCUCUAAUAUUCCCUCCUUUCUAGUUUUUUCCUCCUCUCACCGCGUCGGGUAGCCUACACAGUUGGUGGCCAGCACAAGCACGGACCCUGUCAUUGUGGUUCAGUGGAGUAGCUGCUGCUGCCUUUGCAACAUUUGCACAGUGUGUGUGUGUGUGUGUGUGUGUGUGUGUGUGUGUGUGUGUGUGUGUGGUGUCCUCUAUCCCUUCUCACCACCAGCAAUAAUAUUUCCAGAGAUGAAUUAUUCAAGGAUUGCCUGUCAAGGGGGAGCCACCUGAUAGCAAGGACCUCAGGAGAGCCAAAAACCUUACAGCUGGAUAUCAGGUGAAACGAUACACCCCACUGCUUCAUCUCUUUCUCCUCCGUCCUCCCUCCUUCAUUUCCACUCUUUUGAUGUAAAGUGUAACUGAACACUUGAAAGAAAACACCAACUACUCCUGCUUGUUUUUUUUCCUCUGUAAAGCUGUCUUCUGUUUUUUUCUCUCCAAUGCUCGUCACCAGCAAGCAGUUGAAUAUCGGUCGCUCCCACAGUUGGGACACCCUGGGGGGGAAUGAGGGGCAGUGGGCCGGGGGAGAAAGCGUUUACGACCACCAAGGCAGGAUUGCGGGCCGACGCAACUCGCUGUCUUACAGAGGAGUUUACCACGAGCCACCUCCUGGGGUGCGUCCUCCUGACCUGGAUCUGAAACGAGACCCCUACUCCUACCAGGACUCUCUGUACAGCCAGCAGGGCUACGCUGCUGAUCCCCGGGAAAUGAGAAAGGGCUCAGUCCCUGAGCUAAACCACUACGACCGUCCAACCAUGGCUCAUAGUCACCAAGGAUCCAUCGUCUCCCAGGAAUAUUAUCCCCAUGACCCUGCUAUGGCUCCCCGACCACCGGAGGAUCCCCGGGGCUUCUACCGGGUGGAGCAGCAGCCACAGCCUCACCCGCUCAACAGAUCCCCGUCCCACUAUGGGAUGAACCCAGUGGGACGGCUGCCAUGGGACCAGGGACAGGGAGGGAGGCCCGGACCUCCGGGUCCUUCAUCGGCUUCUCCUCUUCCUCCUCCCCCUCCUCCGCCAACUGCCCAUGGCAUGAACCAGGUUUACAGUCAGCCUGCAGCUGUAGCUGCCGCUGCCAAGAUGAUGCCAGAUGGCCAGCGCUCUCCUGCUCACUAUGGGAUGGAACAACCAUCUUCGCCUCGGUACGCAUCUGAGCCACCCCAUCUAGCUGGACAGCCGGUCUACACCGACAUCAACGGCCGUCCCCUGGACCAUCGGCAGCAGCAGCCCGCAGCCACCUGCCUGGUGGUGGACCCUAACACUCAGGGGCUGGACGGGAGCAUGCAACAACGAGGUAUGAUGAUGAGGCAGGAUUGCACCUCGCCCUACGGAGUACAACAGCCUCCACAGCCCAACAUGCAGGUCUACAACCCCAACCCACCUCUCGCUGCUCCUGCCCCUCUUCCUCCCCCACCAGCCCCUGUAGCCCUCCCCCCUCCACCUCCCACAGCCCCCCAGACGCCUGCAGACCCAAAGAGGAACGCCGACCCAGAGUUCCUGGCUCUGCUUCGCAAUGAGGGUCUCUCGGAGAGUACCAUCUCCUCACUCAUCCAGCAGGGCUUUGACACAACCGGCAUGCUGGCAGUCAUGGAAGAGAAUGACGUGCGCUCUGUGGCUCCCAACUUAGGGCAGGCGCGGGUGCUGUCGCGGGUAGCCAUCAGUGUCAAGAGGCCCUUGGAGCCUACGCCCACGUCCCAGCAACAGGCCCCCAUGCGGGGCCGCUCCAACAGUUUCAGCCACCGCUCUGACAUGUACCUCCAGCAGCAGCAGCAGCAGCACCAACAUCAUCAACAGGCCAUGGCAAUGGGCGUGGAUCCACGGCUGAUGCCACCACAGACCCCCGGUGUCAUGCAGACCAUCUCCCCCGCGAUGGCAGAGGCCAUGGCCAGGAGGCCCAACAGUGCUCCCUCUCAGCACCUCCUAGAAACCACCCAGGGCUACCCAGGACCUCGUACCCCGGGGCCCUACAGUGGCGCCAUGGUCCCUGUCCAGUCCCGGCCCGUGUCUGCAUACUCCCAACACCCGGGUGUCCCUAUGCAUCCGGGCAUGCAGAUGAUGGCUGCCUUGCCCCAGCACCAGCAGAUGUCAGGGGCUGCAAUGCAAGCCAUGCAACAACAGCAGAUGCCAGUGUCCAUGCCUGCCCUGCCGCCGCCUCAGCAGGCCCCAAAGGCGUACUCCACCAACUACACAGUGCCCAUGGAGCUGAUGAAGCGGGACCGCAGCCUGCAACCCAUGUCGCCCAUGCACAGCCCCCACCUCAGCCCUCAGAUGAUGCGCAAGGCUGGGGGCACCCCGUCUGAUGGCGCCAUGAUGCCCGUGGGUACCACCAUGCAGAGCCAGAGUGCUAUGGCCGCCAACCAGAAGCUUAGCCGCCGUACAGGCCCACCUGUCAUCGUCUCCACCAUGGCAUCACCAGAUACAAGUAUCCGGCCCCAGAUCAUGAAUGGGCCGAUGCACCCUCGCCCCCUAGUGGCCCUGUUAGAUGGGCGUGACUGUACAGUAGAGAUGCCCAUCCUCAAAGACCUGGCCACUGUCGCCUUCUGUGACGCCCAGUCCACACAGGAGAUCCAUGAGAAGGUGCUGAACGAGGCAGUAGGGGCCAUGAUGUACCACACCAUCACCUUGACCAGAGAAGACCUGGAGAAAUUCAAGGCUCUACGCAUCAUCAUCCGCAUCGGCAGCGGCUACGACAACAUCGACAUCAAGGCGGCCGGAGAGAUGGGCAUCGCGGUGUGUAACAUCCCGUCGGCGGCGGUGGAGGAGACAGCAGACUCCACUCUGUGCCACAUUCUCAACCUGUACCGGCGGAACACCUGGCUGUACCAGGCUCUCCGGGAGGGCACGCGGGUCCAGAGCGUGGAGCAGAUCAGAGAGGUGGCGUCCGGAGCCGCCAGGAUCCGGGGAGAAACGCUGGGCCUCAUCGGCUUCGGUCGUUCAGGGCAGGCGGUGGCGGUGCGGGCCAAGGUGUUUGGCUUCAACGUGAUCUUCUACGACCCGUACCUGCAGGACGGCCUUGAGCGUUCGCUGGGUGUUCAGCGUGUCUACACCCUGCAAGACCUGCUCUACCAGAGUGACUGUGUCUCCCUGCACUGCAACCUGAACGAACACAACCACCACCUCAUCAACGACUUCACCAUCAAACAGAUGCGUCAGGGUGCAUUCCUGGUGAACUCUGCGCGGGGAGGUCUGGUGGAUGAGAAGGCCUUGGCUCAGGCCCUGAAAGAGGGCAGGAUACGGGGGGCCGCCCUGGAUGUUCAUGAGUCAGAACCCUUCAGUUUUACCCAGGGUCCUCUGAAGGAUGCUCCUAACCUGAUCUGUACUCCUCACACGGCCUGGUACAGUGAACAGGCCUCGCUGGAGAUGAGAGAGGCAGCCGCCACAGAGAUACGCAGAGCCGUCACUGGCCGUAUCCCCGACAGUUUACGAAACUGUGUCAACAAGGAGUUCUUUGUUACCACGGCACCCUGGACAGUGGAACAGCAGCAGAUGCAGCAGCAGAUGCACCCUGAACUCAACGGUGCCGCGUACAGGUACCCCCCCGGUGUGGUGGGUGUGGCCUCGGGUGGGAUCCCUGGGCCGAUGGAAGGGAUGAUGCCUGGGGGGGUGCCCAUCGCCCACACCCUGCCCUCUGGUACCCACCCCUCCCAGGCCCCCUCCCCCAACCAACCCUCCAAACAAGGGGAGCCCAUGAGACAGCACAUGACCGAGCCAUAACUCUGCAUCCAGGGAGGAAGGACUUCAUAUAUACAAAACCGACCAACUGACCCACCCGCUCUUAGACCAGCAGACUGAUCGUUAGGGUUCACACAGAACACCGGAACAAGUGGGGACAGUGAAUAUAUUCACAACUGACACUCCAAAGUGGGGACUGUCAAAACUCAUGUUCCAAGGAUCUGAACUUUUCACUUCUCAUUUUCCUUUGUUUUAGUUUUUAUUCAGUUUAAGUGUUUACUCUUUUUUUUUUGAGAGUCUGUUGGAAGAUUCCUGUGUUCUGGGACAAGUUGUUACCGAGUGCCAGAGUUAAGGCUCGCCCAUCUUGACUGACCCACCAAUGGGAGAGCUUGGAAGGACAAUGACAUCAUCUGUUACUGCCCCAUUCUUCAUUUCAGUUCAGUCCACGUGUGUCUGUGUAUUUUUCUUCCACCUGUUCUGAGACCACCCUACAAGUGAAUAUCUGUCUUUCUGUUCUUCAAUGUGAAAAAAAAUUCAUGAUUAUAAAAUGACAUAUAUUUAUCAGACAGUAGAAAAAGACAAUUGGUGUUGCCAGUGGCAUCGGCAGUCUCAAUGGGGACCUCUAAACCCUUUCCUAGUCCAUCUCUCACCCUGUUGACUGCUGGCUCAUGAAUUUACAGACAGUAAUGUUGGACACAUCAGGGUUGCCAGAUCUCUUGAGCCUCAUGACCAGUACGAGACAAAAACAAUAAGCCCAAAUUGCCAUUCUGAAGAAUCAAAACAAAACUCAGUUUAAGUGAAUAUGGGACCUAAAACCCUUAUUUGAAUUUGUCCAUUGUGAACAUCUCUCAACCCCUGAGAACACCCAAAGUAUUGUAGAGAAGAUUGUGUUCUGGUAAAACUCCAAUUUAGUCAUUUAGUUCCUCUAAAGAGCUUCUUCAAAGAUCCAGGUUCUGACGCACAGGUGGGAAAGAGACCAGUGUGAUAAAGGUUAUGAUCGCAAUUUCAGACAAUGUGAAGUUUUAACUAUUGAUGAAUUGCCUUUCAUUCCGACUUUGGAUUCAGUAAUCACAUGUGGUCUGCCACUAAAAUAUUGAAAUAAGAAAUGGAUGCAACGGCAGUUCUAACUGUAAAAAGCACCUCUGCUUUUACCUGGACCUCUACAUUAUGGAUUUGGACAUUGUCACGGGUGUUUGUAAACUAGAUUGAUCUCUUAAAAUGUCCUGUUUUUUUUCUCACCAAAUGGACUUACAAAGUAGCACCAGGCAGAAAGGAAAGGGUUUGGAAAGUGAGGUUACCGACUCAGGAAUUUUUUUUGUUGCAGAUAUUAUCUUUUUCCCAAAUUCUGUCUGAAAGAAAAAAAAAGUCUGGAUGGUUCUGCGUAUUUCCACCUUUUCUUCAUUGUGGUAUUUUUAUAAAUCAAACCUGUCUUUUGGUGUUCAAGGUUUUUGCAGAGUCCUGUUAGAUUUGUAUUGACUAGUUAAAUGUUCUUAUAAUCAUAGUCUAAUGUGAACCACCCUUUCUUUCUUUUUGGUUUUCUGUUCUAAUGAAAGCCAGUGGGAGCUCUUAGAGGCAUCGUGCACUGCACUCUGUGAGCAAUAGCAACACCCCUCUAGUGCCCCAAAGUUAGCAAGACAGGGCUGCUAGCAGAUUGUUUGGUUUUUAGUGUGAGUAUUUGUAUUUGUUUCUUGUACAAGGUGAACAUAUAGCAUUCAGUGCAGUUCAAAUAAAAAAAUGCCGUUCGAUCAGGCUCUGUGAAA